CCCAGGCGCUCAGCAUACCUUUCCUGGCAGGGCAGAGCCGGGGAGGCGCUUCAAUUGGGGCCCUUACUGGCUGAGCAUGACGACGGACGCGGCAUCACUGGGCUCCAUCGAGAACCCGAUCAGGUUUAAAGAUCAGGACUUCGACACUAUCCUGGAAGAGUGUCUUAAGUCCGGAAAGCUGUUUGCUGAUCCAACCUUUCCACCAGAGCAGAAGUCCAUCGGUAUGCCAGAAGAUCCAGAUCCAAAAAAGGCGACCAAGUGGCAGCGACCCAAGGAAAUCAGUAAGAACGCUGUGUUUGUGGAUGACACGACUGGGACCACAGAUAUCUGUCAGGGCCAACUGGGUGACUGCUGGCUGCUAGCGGCCCUGUCCUGUCUGACUAUGCACCCCACGCUCUUUGCGAAGGUGGUGCCACCCAACCAAAGCAUGUCCGAGCCUUAUGCAGGUAUCUUCCAUUUUAGGUUCUGGCAGUAUGGUGUGUGGGUGGAGGUGGUUGUGGAUGACAGGCUGCCAGUACGCCAAGGCCGUCUGCUCUUCAGUUAUUCUGAAACCCGCAAUGAGUAUUGGAGCGCCCUGGUGGAGAAGGCCUAUGCCAAGUUAGUUGGAUGCUACGGAAGCCUGAAGGGGGGCAACAUUUCAGAGGCUAUGGAGGAUUUCACAGGAGGCAUUGCAUACUCGAUGAAGGUCUCAUCUCGUACCCCUCGAGCCCUCUGGAGGUCCCUGACAGCCGCCGUGUCUCGAGGCAGCUUGCUCAGCUGCUUCAUCCAGGCCUGCAACAACCUUGAGAUUGGAAAAGUGACAGGAGAUGGACUGAUAAAGGGCCAUGCUUACGCCAUCACUGACACUCACAAGGUUACGAAAGCAUCAGAGGAGAUGUUUCUGCUGAAGCUGAGGAACCCCUGGGGUUUUGGCGAAUACUGCGGCCCCUGGAGUGACAAGGGUAAAGAGUGGGAUGACGUGGACAAAGCAGAAAAGGAAAAGAUUCACCUGAAAAAUAAAGACGAUGGAGAGUUCUGGAUCUCUAUUGAGAACUUCUGCAGCGUGUUUAAUGUCGUGGAGCACUGCAGUGUGAAUCCUGACACUCUUGAGGAGGAAAACACACCUGACUCACCUUCCUCUAUCUGGACUAUCAGUGAACAUCAAGGAUUCUGGGUACCGUCGAGCUCUGCCGGUGGUAGCCGCAAAAACAACAACUCAUUCUGGAAGAACCCUCAGUUCCAAUUGGUCCUCACAGAGCAUGAUGAUUCACACAAGGACAAUGAUGAUGAUAACAGUAAUUAUAAUGAAUAUGACGAGGAGGAUGAGAUUGACGACAAUGAGGAUGACGAGGAUGACAAGUUGAUGGCCUUAGAGGAGAAGAUGGCCCCAGAGAAGCCGAAGAGGAAAGGCAAACGGUGCACCGUGCUGGUGGAGCUGCUGCAGAAAAACCGCAGGCAGAAGGAUAAAAUUAACUUCCUCUACAUAGCUUUCCACAUCUACAAGGUUCCUUCUGAGCUCCAGGGUGUGUGCCUGAACCGCAACUUCUUCAUGAAAAAUCGCCCUGUGGGUCGCUCUGGGAAAUAUGUGGCUCAGAGGGGUGUGUGGAGGAAGCUACGUCUGGAACCGGGUAACUACAUGAUCGUCGCGUCCACCUUCAAACCCAACCAGCCUGGAGACUUCUUUGUCCGCAUUUUCUCCAAAACUGGAAACACUCUGGAGACUCAGGACUUUACUUGCACCUCUGGCUACCUCCCGGUUAUGGGAAGUCCCAUCUCUGUGGAGGAUCGAGAGAGAGUUCAGAGGACUUUUGAUGAGCAGGCUGGCCCAGAUGACAGACUGAACGCCAAGGAGCUCAUGAAUCUGUUCAACUCAGUUCUCAACAAAGAUUACCAUCUGCCACUGGAGACGUGCAGACAGCUCAUCUUUGGAGAGGAUACUACAGGGCGGUCCAGUCUCACCCGUGAACAAACAGAAGCCCUGCUGUCGAGUCUGCGCAAUCUGCAGGCCAUGUUUCUCAAGUUUGAUGAGGAUUCCUCUGGGACCAUGAGCCCGUUUGAACUCAGUACAGCACUGGAAGCUGUUGGAAUGCAGUGUGAUGGCAAGGUUGUUCAGCUGCUGUCUGCAAGGUUUGCAGCUGGAGAGCUUCAGAUGCCCUUCCACGGCUUUGUGUCAUGUGUCACCAGGCUGCGCAUGCUUUUUGCUCUGUAUAAAUCAGAGACCAUUCACGAGGUGAAAGACAGAGGAAUCAACCAGUGGCUGCUUCAGUUCCUGCUGGUGUGAAAACACUUUAUGAAGAGGGUCUCCACUUUAGACACAGCGGAGCCACAACAUGCUGUUGAUUCUAACACAUAGACAACAUACAGCACAAACUGCAUGUAAAGCUGUUCUUAUUCCAAAACAAAAGCUGUGGCUGUCAGUUUAUGCUUUGCUAUGUUUUAUUCUUGCUUGAUCUUGUACUAUCCUCAUACUUCUGGCUGUAACAUUGUUAUAACUUCAAGGUUGAAGGUUUAGAUUUAUUGUCAUUAUACAAUACAGGAUUGCACAAUGAAAUGCAGUUGUAGACCCCUCCAUGCUACACACACACAAUGAAUAAAUAUAUAAAUAAAGGAAUAGAACAAUGAAAUAGGCAAUUAGAUAGAAUAAAGUAUAUAAAAAGAAAAAGACAAAGAAAGAAAUAAAAAGGAAAAGUAAAUUACAUUUACAAAGAAGUUAUGCAGUCACAUGUUGAAUAUAUAUAUAUAUACACAAAUAUAAGUGCAAUAUGUGCAUAAAAAAUGCAGUCUGCUGAACUUUCAUUUUUAUG